AUGAGGGCAGGUGCUGCCUGCAGCGCCAUGGACCAGUCGCGCCUGCUGCUGCUGCUGCUGCUGCUAGGGGUAAGUGGUAAUACCAAGGAGACAUGUUCCACAGGCUUGUACACCCAUAGCGGAGAAUGCUGCAAGGCCUGCAACUUGGGUGAAGGUGUGGCCCAGCCUUGUGGAGCCAACCAAACCGUGUGUGAACCCUGCCUGGACAGUGUGACCUUCUCUGACGUGGUGAGCGCCACUGAGCCCUGCAAGCCGUGCACCGAAUGCCUGGGCCUGCAGAGCAUGUCGGCUCCCUGUGUCGAGGCAGACGAUGCCGUGUGCCGAUGUGCCUAUGGCUACUACCAGGACGAGGAGACUGGCCGCUGCGAGGCGUGCAGCGUGUGCGAGGUGGGCUCAGGACUCGUGUUCUCCUGCCAGGACAAACAGAACACAGUGUGUGAGGAAUGCCCAGAGGGCACAUACUCAGACGAAGCCAACCAUGUGGAUCCGUGUCUGCCCUGCACGGUGUGCGAGGACACUGAGCGCCUGCUGCGGGAGUGCACGCCCUGGGCCGACGCUGAGUGCGAGGAGAUCCCUGGCCGAUGGAUCACAAGGUCUACACCCCCAGAGGGCUCUGACAGCACGGCCCCCAGCACCCAGGAGCCCGAGGCACCUCCAGAUCAAGACCUCAUAGCCAGCACAGUGGCAGACAUGGUGACCACUGUGAUGGGCAGCUCCCAGCCUGUAGUGACCCGAGGCACCACUGACAACCUCAUUCCUGUCUAUUGCUCCAUCUUGGCCGCUGUGGUUGUGGGCCUUGUGGCCUAUAUUGCUUUCAAGAGGUGGAACAGCUGUAAGCAAAACAAACAAGGAGCCAACAGCCGACCAGUGAACCAGACACCCCCACCCGAGGGAGAAAAACUCCACAGUGACAGUGGCAUCUCCGUGGACAGCCAGAGCCUGCACGACCAGCAGACUCAUACACAGACUGCCUCAGGACAGGCUCUCAAGGGUGAUGGCAACCUCUACAGUAGCCUGCCCCUGACCAAGCGCGAGGAGGUAGAGAAGCUGCUCAAAGGUUCCGCAGGGGACACCUGGCGACAUCUGGCAGGCGAGCUGGGCUACCAGCCUGAGCAUAUAGACUCCUUCACCCAUGAGACCUGCCCAGUCCGAGCCCUGAUGACCAGCUGGGGUGCACAGGACAGCGCAACGCUUGAUGCCCUUUUAGCUGCCCUGCGCCGUAUCCAGAGAGCUGACAUUGUGGAGAGCCUGUGCAGCGAGUCCACUGCCACGUCCCCAGUGUGA